AUGGUUGGCAAAAUAAAAGGCACUGUAACAAGAAUCAAGGAGGUUGCACCUAAAUGUAGUAGCAGUCACUGCGUUUUACAUCGCCAUGCCCUUGUCGCAAAAAAAAUGCAAUACGAGCUCAAGACAGUUCUCGACCAAGCAGUACUAAUUGUAAACUACGUUAAAUCACGUCCACUCCAGUCGAGGCUUUUUAAAAAAGUGUGUGAGGAUAUAGGAAGUCAGCAUCAAUCACUUCUUCUUCACACGGAAGUAAGAUGGCUUUCAAGAGGAAGAGUUCUAUUAAGGCUGUUUGAAUUGCACGACGAGCUUAAGAUAUUCUUUACCAAACAACCAGUUUCUGCACACGUUAAUAAGCUUGUUGAACUGCUGCAUGAUGAGCAAUGGUUGAUGCAAUUGGCUUAUUUAGCUGAUAUAUUCGAUAAGCUCAACGUAAUCUGCAAGGCAUUACAGGGACGAGCUACAACAAAAUUUACAGUAAAUGAUAAAAUGUCUUCACUGAAAAACAAGCUUGCGUUCUGGAUUGAAUGUGUUGAAAAACAUAAUUACGAAUGUUUCACAAUAUUAAAUGACUUUCUAAAAGAAAAUGAGCUGCGGGUAUCUUCAGACGUGGAAAAGAAUAUACAUGAGCAUUUGACAAGCCUUACAAAAUCUUUGCAUGAGUAUUUUCCGGAGCAGUUGCAGGACAUGGACUGGGUGCAGAAUCCGUUUGUAAAUCACACCAAACCUUCGAUGCUGUCGGUGUCAGAGUAUGAGAAUUUGAUUGACAUCAAAUUUUCAUCAACGCUAAAACAAAAAGCCAUCACAUUACUGUUACCGUUUGUGACGACUUACCGAUGCGAGACUGGUUUUUCCGCAUAUGCUUACACCAAAAGCAAGUACAGAAAUAGACUGGAUGCAGCUCCAGAUUUUCGCGUUCAACUGUCGGACAUUAAGCCUAAUUUUAAUGCUAUUUUAAGAAAAUAUGUAAAAAAAUUUCAUUCGUCACAUUAA